UAGGAUCUGGUAGAAGAAAAGUCAGGCAAACACAAGCACGCUCACACACGGGAGAUCAGGACUUCCCGCGGCUCUCUGCUGCCACAGCUCCACCAGGGCGGGAGGAAGCGGAGGGAGCCUGAGCCGAGCCGGGGACUGGCCGGAGCUGGGAGCGGAGGCAGGUGUGUGCAGGCACAUCACCCGGAUCAUGAGGCCAUCUCUCUCCUUGCUCCUCCCACUUCUCCUCAUCUUGGCCUCAGUGACCAAAGGUCAGCCCACAAGAAAACCAAAACCCAGGCCCAGGGGCAGGCCCAGGGCCCGGCCCACACCCAGCUUUCCUCAGCCCCAUGAGCCAUCGGAGCCUACAGACCUGCCUCCUCCCCUCCCGCCGGGCCCUCCGUCUGCCUUUCAUGACUGCCCCCGGGAGUGCUACUGCCCCCACGACUUCCCAUCGGCCCUCUACUGCGACAGCCGCAACCUCAGGAAGGUGCCCGUCAUCCCGCCGCGCAUCCAUUACCUCUAUCUCCAGAACAACUUCAUAACCGAGCUGCCGGUGGAGUCCUUCAAGAACGCCUCGGACCUGCGGUGGGUCAACCUGGACAACAACCGCAUCCGCAAGGUGGACCAGAAGGUGCUGGAGAAGCUCCCCAGCCUGGCGUACCUCUACAUGGAGAAGAACCAGCUGGAGGAGGUGCCCUCCGCCCUGCCCCGGAACCUGGAGCAGCUGCGGCUGAGCCAGAACCAGAUCUCCAGGAUCCCGCCGGGCGCCUUCAGCAAGCUGGAGAACCUGGUGCUCCUGGACCUUCAGCACAACAAGCUCAACGACCACGUCCUCAAGCCCGACACCUUCCAGGGCCUCAAGAGCCUCAUGCAGCUCAACCUGGCCCACAACAUCCUGAGGAAGAUGCCCCCCAAGGUGCCCAAAGCCCUCCACCAGCUCUACCUGGACAGCAACCAGAUCACCACCAUCCCCAACGGCUACUUCAAGGCCUUCCCCAACCUCGCCUUCAUCCGCCUGAACUACAACAAGCUGUCCGACCGGGGGCUCCCCAAGAACUCCUUCAACAUCUCCAACCUGCUGGUGCUGCACCUGUCCCACAACAAGAUCAGCAACGUGCCCGCCAUCAACAACAAGCUGGAGCACCUGUACCUCAACAACAACAACAUCGAGAAGAUCAACGGGACCCAGAUUUGCCCUCACAACCUGGUCACCUUCCAGGACUUCUCGGAUCUGGAAAACGUCCCUCACCUCCGCUACCUGAGGCUGGACGGCAACUACCUGAAGCCGCCCAUCCCGCUGGACCUCAUGAUGUGCUUCCGCCUGCUGCAGUCCGUGGUCAUCUAGGCCUGGCUCCGCCCUGCGUCCCCUCCGAUCGCCGCUGAAGGCUGGUGGCCCGGGCGCUGGGCCCGCUGCUCGUGUUCUCUGCCUCCCUGGCUUUCUCCAGCUUUGCCUUCCUCAGCCCGCCUUCCUGAGGCGGGACCAGCCACAGCCUCAGGACCGAGACCUCCCAGGCCUUGGUUGGGGGGAGGGGAUCCACCCAGCCCAGAGACAUCUCCUGCAUGCUUACCCUCUGGCCCAGAGCACAGGUGUCUGUUUCCAGAUCUCAUAGUCCCGCUCUCCCAGCCUCCCCGCCACUCCUGGGUAAGUCUGGGCCUGGACUGACAUCAGGAUCUCGGCCCUGGGGAAGCACGAAAAUGGUCAGGAGUUGCCCCGAGGGAGGCUCAGGCAGCCCUGCAGGGACUCCUCCUGUAUGGGCAGCUCUGGCCCCCAAGGACCAGAGCACCAGGUCCCUUUGGCCAGGGCUCCAUCUUGCAAAGUGCUGCUCCACUGCCUGCCCGCUGGCACCAGACAUGGUGCUGGCUCACCACCCCGUGUUCUCCAAAAUGGAAGUACAGGGCAUGGCCGUGGGCGGGCAGCGGGUGGGGUUCCCGCAGGGGCCUGCACCUGGCCUACUCUCCAUGGGGAGGAGCUGGACCCUGUUUCUCCUGGGUGCAGCAGCUCACACCCUCCUAACCCUCAUUCCCAGAGGAAGAUCGGGGAGGACCAGUCCAGGAGAAGAGGGGCUUGGGAACCAGGAGGCAGCCAGGGGGAGAGGAGUGGGAGUCAGGGCCCAGGGAUGGGCCCAUGAGGGUCCAAGGGGGUCCCACAGCCCCCUUGGCCGCUCUGAACAGGAGGCCUAAUGCCUGGGGAUCACCGUGUCCCAGUGGAGGGCGCAGAGCCACCACCGCCCUGCCAUCUGUUCUCUGUCAGUGGGGACAACCCGGUCCUUUCCACCCCAGAGAGGUUCCUGAGAAACCCGAGAGAAGGGGAGGGAGCACCCAAAAUCUUCCAGAAGCUUCUUCCACGUGUACACAUUGGCCUCCCCCUAAGGCAGACUCAUCAGUGACACCUGGUGGCUGGUGCCGGACACAGAGGGCCCCUCUUCUUCUCCGCCCUGGGGGUGAUUUUCCAAGGUCAAGGGCUCCCAACUUGAAGAGCCAGGUUCAACCAUGUGCAUGGUCUCUCUCUCCUCUGGGUCUAAAGGGCACAGAGCAACAGUGGCUCUGCGUUGGGAAGAAGAUCGGGGUGGAGGGCUUGUUCCUUCAUGGGGGAGUAAUGGUGGGAAUCUCGGGGGCCCAGGGAAGGAUGCAGCCUGCUCCCCGGUGCUGUCUGACCUUGCCAUGACUUCUGCUCUCAGCUCCCACCGACUACACACCCUGCCAAAUCUCCUCUGGCACUCACGUUCCAUUCUGAGGCUCCAUGUUGGACCUCGCUCUAAUGCAAGCCAAGUCCUCCAUGUCCUCUCCCGCCCUUGCAGUUAUUUAUUCUCUGUAUGGACUGUCCCUCCCCCGAAGUUCCCACCCUCCCCGCCUGGCCCAGGUGCAGCUGGGCAGGCCUCAAGAGGGCCUGGGCCCCAUGGCUAACUCUCCUAGGCCUUCCUCUGACCUGCCUCUAGGGGGUGCUGCCCCUUCACAGUCCCCCAGGGUGUACGCUGGUGGGUGGCAUGGAUGUUCUAGAAAUGAGUGGUACCCAGUGCCUCCCCUCAAGACAGGUCUAGAAAAGGUCCGAGAUUUUAAAUUGUAUUAAGCUAGACCCCUAACAUCAAGAAGCUCCCAUUAGACUCUUUCUCAUUGUUCACUUUGCCAACUUACAGAAAUGGAGCACACUUUAUCCCAGCCUCCUUCACCUGCUCCCAUAAGGGCCUUAUUUUCCACAGCUGCUCAUUUCUCCGAGGCUCCUGCUUAGAGUCAGGGCCGCCCCGGGGCUGUAAGCAGCCUGGUGCUCCGGCCUGGAUCAGCCGCCUCCUCCCCUUAGUCACACCUUUAGCCUCAGCCCCUCUCAGGAGGCCCUCGGGGAGCACAGCCCUCGGAGGGAGCCAUCCCCUCUCCUGCAAACCCAGCAGCAGCUCAAUCACCAUCAUCCCUUCCCUCCAUCGCUCCCUGCGGCCGAAAGCCAGAGAGGAUUCAAGUUAAACUGACUUUACAGCAACUGCCUCUCCCCUUCUGUCCUCCCACUGCCCCCACACACUCUGUGCUGGUUUCCCGUGGGUUUCAGAAGCCCCCCUUUCCACCCCCGCCCCCCUGCAGCACAUACAGGGUGGGCCCCGUGCUGCUGCCUCCGCACUCCCAGCUGUGCAGGUGGGUGUCUGAUGUACUCUGUCCUUAAGGCUGUCCUCCUGGGAGCCGAUAACUCUGUGAACCAGCUCCCACACUCCAGCGCGCUUCACAGCAGAGGAAAUAAAGGAAUAUGAGAGCA